UCUUCUAAACCAUUCUGCUUACACCAGAAUCGGCUCUCACCUUACUACCAAUCUCCACCACCUUCCAACCGCCAAGAGCCGCCUUGAGAUUGAGGAAUACAAUCGAAGCAUCGGCAUGGAGAGUUAUGAUUUGCAUAAGGUAUCAAUCAUGACGCAGUGCAUAGACGGUGUUAAGCAUUUAUGCACCUCUGUUUUAGGGUGUUUUGAUCUCAAUUUGUUUAAACAAUCUGGUGGUGGCCUUGGAGAUCCUGAAUUACUUUCUAGAGACACAGUUUUUAGUGUGAGUGAGAUAGAAGCUCUUUAUGAGCUGUUUAAAAAAAUCAGCAGUGCUGUGAUUGAUGAUGGGCUUAUAAACAAGGAGGAGUUUCAGUUGGCUUUGUUUAAGACGAAUAAGAAAGAGAGCUUGUUUGCUGAUCGAGUUUUUGAUUUGUUUGACACAAAGCACAAUGGAAUACUUGGGUUUGAGGAGUUUGCUCGAGCUCUCUCUGUAUUCCAUCCAAAUGCACCUAUAGAUGACAAAAUCCACUUUUCAUUUCAGCUAUAUGAUCUUAAACAGCAAGGUUUCAUAGAACGGCAAGAGGUGAAACAAAUGGUUGUGGCUACGCUUGCUGAAUCUGGAAUGAACUUGAAGGAUACUGUCAUUGAGGAUAUAAUUGACAAGACGUUUGAAGAAGCAGACACGAAACACGAUGGAAAGAUUGACAAGGAAGAGUGGAGAAGCCUUGUUCUUAGACAUCCUAGCCUUCUCAAGAACAUGACUCUUCAAUAUCUCAAGGAUAUCACGACUACGUUUCCAAGCUUUGUGUUCCAUUCUCAGGUUGAAGAUACCUGAAGAUAAAAGAGCAAUCUUCAAAGACUUUAGGGUUUUUUGUUCAUUCGUCUGGUUGAGCUUUCUUGUGAAGUUCAUUUGUUUCUCUGAACUCAUUUAUCUUUCUAUUGCUGAGCUUUGUUGUGAGGCAAAAUUCUUUUCGAUUUUGCAUCUUGACCAGGCUUAUUUGUAGAUACAACUGGUCCACAUGAUAUGUAAAGUUUUGAAGUUGAUCGA